ACCCUGACCUCCUGGUUCAUAGAUGAUGCUCAACCACUGAGCCAUACUGGCUGGGCCCUGUCUGUCUUCUUAUGCUCUUUUCUCCAGGUGCUCUUUACUACUGCUGUUAUGUCAAAUCCAGUUGUUCAAGUGUGGAAUGAUUUGUUACUCCUGAAGGGUGUUUCUGGAAUUAAUAAUAAUUUUAAAAAAACAACAACAAAAAACUACCAACACAUCUUAGAUGAAAGGACAAGUUAAAGACGUGCAAGAAACUAUUGUGGAAUUUAAUAGCUGAGUGAUUCGAAGGGGGAAAAGUAGACUUUGAUUUCUUUCUUUUUUUUUCCUUUUCCCCAGUUCACUCAUAACUGAGAAGCAGCAGCUCAGUUUUAACUUAGAAAUAGUUGUGGAGAGAGGGGACAUCCUCCUGCUUAGACUAGUGAAUGGGAAAGUUUUCUUUCUUAAGGAGGCUCCCUCUUAGCUUAUAACAAGUGAAAACAUUUAUGUGUUUGGAAUGCAAAAUGUUUUGCUGAUGAUAAGUCUGUUUGUCUAUAAAACUUGUAUAAGAGCUUGGGACCUGGAUGUGUGAUAUAGUCCCUCCUUGUUAAGAGGCAUCCCUGAGGUCCCUCCCCAGCUUGUGGACAAUAGAAAUUUGAACCCAAGGUAGUUUUCUCUGGAGCAGCCAGCCAACUCAUCUUUUUUUUUUCUUCUCUGGAUGGAUUCAAAAGAUAAGACUAUCAGAUGGCAUCUGGGGAUUUCUGUUCACCUGGAGAAGGGAUGGAAAUACUCCAACAAGUGUGCAGCAGACAGCUUCCUCCUUGUAACCUGAGUGAAGAGGACCUGUUACAGAAUCCACACUUCAGCAAACUGCUGCUGAGUCUCUCACAACACGUGGACGAGAGUGGCUUAAGCCUCUCCCUGGCAAAGGAACAGGCUCAGGCAUGGAAGGAAGUUCGACUGCAUAAGACAACAUGGCUGAGGUCUGAGAUUUUACAAAGAGUCAUCCAAGAGCUGCUUGUGGACUACUAUGUGAAGAUACAAGACACAAAUGUAACUUCUGAGGACAAAAAGUUUCAUGAGACCCUUGAACAGCAGCUACUUGUGACUCAACUAACACAGCUCUUAGGUCCUAGCCAGGAGAGGGUGAUGCCUCCACUGCUAGGACUGGAGAAAGCAGACCUUCUGGAGCUCAUGCCACCCUCAGAGGAUUUUGUGUGGAUGAGAGCUCGGCUCCCACUGGAAGUGGAGGAGCAACUCAAGAAGAAAUGUUUCACUCUGCUUUGCUACCAUGAUCCUAAUUCCGAUUCAGACCAUGAAACCCUGAAGGCAGCAAAGGUAUGGAAACUGGCAGAGAUCCUGGUGAGUGAGAAGCAGCAGUGCCAGGAUGCCAAGAGCCAGCAGAAGGAGCAGGUGGUGCUGCUGGAGAAGAAGAGUGCCACCUACUCCCAGGUGCUGCUCCGCUGCCUCGCCUUACUGCACAGAUUGCUUCAGGAGCACCGGCUGAGGACUCAGUCUGAGCUAGACCGCAUCAACGCCCAGUACCUGGAGUUCAAGUGUAGUGCCAUGAUCCUUAAGCUGAGGAUGGAAGAGCUAAAGAUUUUGUCGGACACUUACACUGCUGAGAAAGUAGAAGUUCAUCGUCUCAUUAGGGACCGUUUGGAAGGGGCCAUUCGGCUACAAGAACAGGACAUGGAGAAGUCCCGACAGGUCCUGAACACCUAUGAGGUCCUUGGGGAGGAGUUUGACAAGCUGGUAAAAGAGUACACCCAACUCAAGCAGACAACUGAGAACAGGCGUUGGGCACUCCAGGAGUUCAACAAAGCCUACCGCUGAAUGUCGGCAGGCCAGGAGGCACGGCUUGUGCACUGGCACUGCUUCCUCUUCCUGCUAAAAGGACCACCUCCAGCUGGGACCAUCUUCACUCAAGGGAGUGUGGGGACACUUGCUCGAAACACUGCAGUCAUUUAGGCACCCUCCUUGUUUACAACGACUGAAUCUCUUCUGGACAAUGUGGCUGAUUUAUGUAAAUUUAUGUACAGCUAUCUCCUGAAUAAAGUGAUAAUUUGAGUC